UGUUUGUAAUAAAAGAAUUUUAUCAGGAUCCUAUGCAUUUUCACAGGAAACUGCAGCGUGUGUAGUUAUACUUAUACAUCCAACCAUUAAACUAUAUUAAAUUUAAUUGAAAUAUGAUCAUUUUUAUCAUAUAACGAAAUGAAUUGAAUGAGUGAGAUCAAUGCAGUGACGAUUGUAACUCAUAUUUAAGUUUAGAUUGGUAGAGAGUGAUAGAAUGAGUGAGUGGCACAAAUGAAUUUUGAACGUGUUCCAUUGCUUGUAUUUUAGCCAUACUUUUUUCAUUCCCUUUUAUUAAUUCCAUUGCAAUUAUUACAAGAUAUCUCAGAUAGGCCCGCAGCCUCAACAGUUUCAUAGUUCCAUGUCAAUAAUAAAUACCAGCUGCUAUCGCUGCAUUUCUGAAGCAACUUCGAAAGAAGCCCAAGACUAAAUAGUGCUAAGAACUCUAAUGGUGGACAAGAUGAAUAUGCUGAUAUUCAAGUCCCUUCAGAUUUCUUUGCUGCUAGUUUUCUCUAUCAGAAACACCACAGCAGAAAAGAAAACCCAUCACACAAAACACACAUACAUAAUUCACAUGGACAAGUUCAACAUGCCAGAGAGUUUUAACGACCAUCUCCUCUGGUUUGAUUCAUCACUAAAAUCAGUAUCAGACUCAGCAGAGAUGCUCUACACAUAUAAAAAAGUAGCUCAUGGCUUCUCUACAAGGCUAACUACGCAAGAAGCAGAGUUGCUCUCAAAGCAACCUGGUGUUCUCUCCGUCAUCCCGGAAGUUAGAUAUGAUCUUCACACAACUCGAACACCAGAGUUUCUGGGGUUGGCCAAAUACAGCACUCUUUCACUGGCCUCUGGCAAACAAAGCGAUGUGAUUGUCGGAGUGCUAGACACUGGUGUGUGGCCUGAACUAAAGAGCUUCGACGACACCGGACUGGGGCCAGUACCUAGUAGCUGGAAAGGUGAGUGUGAGAGAGGUAAGAAUUUCAACCCAUCAAACUGUAAUAAGAAACUUGUUGGUGCAAGGUUUUUCUCGAGGGGCUACGAGGCAGCCUUUGGACCCAUCGACGAAAAGACGGAAUCAAAGUCACCAAGGGAUGAUGAUGGCCACGGAAGUCACACCUCAACAACGGCAGCAGGUUCUGCAGUUGUAGGAGCAAGCCUCUUUGGUUUUGCUAAUGGGACAGCAAGAGGCAUGGCCACACAAGCCAGACUUGCAACUUACAAAGUGUGUUGGCUUGGAGGGUGCUUUACAUCAGACAUAGCUGCUGGAAUUGACAAGGCCAUUGAAGAUGGUGUCAACAUCCUUUCCAUGUCAAUUGGGGGAGGUUUGAUGGAUUACUACAAAGACACUAUUGCAAUUGGAACUUUUGCGGCCACUGCCCAUGGAAUACUGGUUUCCAAUUCAGCAGGAAAUGGUGGGCCUAGUCAAGCAACUUUGUCUAAUGUGGCACCAUGGCUAACCACAGUGGGUGCGGGAACUAUAGACCGUGAUUUCCCUGCCUAUAUCACCCUUGGAAAUGGAAAGAUGUACACAGGGGUGUCACUUUACAAUGGCAAACUCCCACCCAAUUCUCCACUGCCAAUUGUUUAUGCUGCAAAUGUAAGCGAUGAAUCCCAAAAUCUGUGCACCAGAGGUACUUUGAUUGCUGAAAAAGUAGCCGGAAAAAUCGUGAUAUGUGACCGAGGAGGGAAUGCUAGGGUGGAAAAGGGUUUGGUGGUGAAGAGUGCUGGAGGCAUUGGGAUGAUACUAUCAAACAAUGAAGACUAUGGGGAAGAGUUAGUUGCUGACUCCUAUCUCCUCCCUGCAGCAGCUUUGGGCCAGAAAUCAAGCAAUGAGUUAAAGAAGUAUGUUUUCUCAUCUCCCAAUCCCACAGCUAAGCUUGGAUUUGGUGGCACCCAAUUAGGGGUUCAACCAUCCCCAGUGGUGGCAGCUUUCAGCUCAAGAGGGCCAAAUGUGCUCACACCAAAAAUACUCAAACCAGACCUGAUUGCUCCAGGAGUCAACAUCCUAGCUGGGUGGACUGGUGCAGUUGGACCAACUGGCUUGACUGAAGACACCAGACAUGUGGAAUUCAACAUCAUUUCAGGCACUUCCAUGUCCUGCCCCCAUGUCACUGGCUUAGCUGCCCUUCUUAAGGGCACUCACCCAGAAUGGAGCCCUGCAGCUAUAAGGUCUGCCCUCAUGACCACAGCUUACAGAACCUACAAAAAUGGCCAAACCAUAAAAGAUGUCGCCACCGGGCUACCGGCUACGCCAUUUGAUUAUGGGGCCGGACACGUUGAUCCAGUGGCUGCGUUUGAUCCUGGUCUUGUGUAUGAUACUUCCGUGGAUGACUACUUGAGCUUCUUCUGUGCCUUAAACUACAGUUCCUAUCAAAUAAAGCUUGUUGCAAGAAGAGACUUCACCUGCAGCAAAAGGAACAAUUACAGAGUGGAAGAUCUCAAUUACCCAUCUUUUGCUGUUCCUUUCAACACAGCUUAUGGAGUAAAGGGUGGUUCUCGCAAACCAGCCACUGUCCAAUAUACAAGGACUUUAACAAACGUGGGUGCCCCGGCAACGUAUAAAGUUUCGGUGUCGCAGUCUCCCUCGGUGAAGAUUAUGGUUCAACCACAAACACUUAGUUUCGGGGGACUUAAUGAGAAGAAGAACUACACAGUUACGUUCACGUCUUCGUCAAAGCCUUCUGGAACAAACAGCUUUGCUUAUCUGGAAUGGUCGGAUGGGAAACAUAAGGUUACUAGUCCCAUUGCUUUCAGCUGGACUUAGACUCUGAUUUUUAAAAGCCCUAACUUUGAAUUACCUGUUGCAAGCAAACGUGCUCGUCUUCAUGAAUAAUUGUAUCUCUUUGUUUUUAUUCUGCUUUUGGUGCAGCAAAAGGGGCACUGAUGUUAUGUUUCUCUUUGCUGUACUCCUUUGAAAAUUAGUACAGAAUGAUUGUACAGAAAAGAAACAGGGUAAUGGUGUACCUGAAUAAAUGACAGUAAGCUCUUUCUUAUCCCACUA